UUAAGUGGGAAGCUCGGGCAGUUCAACACUAUCUCAAACUCCGGAAGCUCUGGGCGCAUUAACUAACUAUUGCUGCUUUGUAUCGGGGUUGGACGGGAGGUCUGGUUGUACUACAUAAACGCAUGUGUAUGUGCUUUGGAGCCUCGUAUAUUUGUUGAGAGACUUUUGGAUUCUAGAAAAGGAAUUUACGUUGAAGAGAACAGAUGCACCGGGAUAAGUAUGAGAUACAGCAAGAGUCGAGCAGCCCCAGGCCGACAUUGUCAGAGAAAUUUGCCUCGGCCUACGGGAGCAUCCGGGGGAUUUUGCUGGGCUCCAACUUGACCGGAAGGAAGGCCGCUUGUCCAGAAAGCCCCUUUACAGAAGAUGCGCAGCUCACCCACUUCCGGAAAGAAAAGGAAGAAGGUCAGUUAAAGCCAAAGUCGGUGGACUUUAUGCGCACGAUAAACCGAGAGGCUCAUCGGACAAGCGAGUAUGAACUGGGCAAUCUUAUCAUCAGGAGAGGUCAGCCGUUUGAAUUGACCGUCCAUCUGGACAGGCCUUACCAACCCGAGGAGGAUGACGUAGUUUUCAAGUUCGUCACAGGCAGUCGUCCCAUGCAGAGUAAGAGUACAGUGGUGCCUGUAUCUAACGUAGGGGAAGCCAAUUCCAAAGACUUCUGGUCUUACCAGAUCUUGGCCACGGAAGAGAAGACAAUCACAGUCCGGGUGACUUGCGCAGCAGACGCCAUCGUCGGCAGAUACCAGCUCUUUAUCGAAACCUUUCACAAAACCCAACAGGGAGAACUAGAUACCUACCGCUUCAAACACCCGGACGACAUUUACCUGUUGUUUAAUCCUUGGUGUGCAGACGACCCAGUGCACUUAGAGGAUGAACAGCAAAGGCUGGAGUAUGUCCUCAGCGAGACUGGUCGGAUUUGGAUGGGUACCAUCGGGAAGUUUACAGUUCGACCCUGGAACUUUGCCCAGUUUGAUGACGUUUGUCUGAUGGCGGCCUUGUCGUUGUUGGAGAGGUCAGAACUGGGAGACCUUGCCCGAGGGAACCCGCUGACAGUGGUCAGGUGUAUCUGUAGAAUGAUCAACAACAACGAACGGGAUGGAGGUGUACUUGUCGGCAACUGGUCUGGAAAAUAUGACGACGGCGUAGCGCCACAUGCAUGGAACGGAAGUUCAGCCAUUUUGGAAGAAUUCUUGAAAAGGCGAAAGGGCGUAAAGUUUGGUCAAUGUUGGACAUUUGCAGCAGUAGCUACAACAUUAUGUCGUGCACUGGGCAUUCCCACACGGUGUGUGACCAACUUCAAAUCUGCCCACGACAGUGAUUUCAGCUGUCCUGUUGACUUCCACUGGACAUCGGACGGCAAAGCUCAGCGGCAAAUGGACGAACAUAUCUGGGAUUAUCAUACCUGGAAUGAGUGCUGGUUCCAGAGACCGGAUUUACCCAAAGGUUACGAUGGAUGGCAGGCAUUUGACUCCACUCUGCAGGAAGUCAGCGAAGGCGUGUUUACGUGUGGACCAGCGCCGGUCAAGGCGAUCAAAGAAGGCCAACUGUACAUACCGUAUGACGCCAAGUACCUGUUCGCCGAACUGAACGGGGACAAGACCCACUGGUCAGUGGACCAAGAGGGCAACAUGACGGUCCUUGGAACCGAAGUCUCCGCCGUUGGCAGGAACAUCAGUACUAAGGCAGUGGGCGCCAUUUCCAGGGAGGAUCUAACUCAAAUGUACAAGUAUACUGAAGGCUCAAAGGAAUCCAAAAAAGUUCUGGAAGCAGCCGCCCGACAGUGUUUCCGGAGAGUUCCACCAAUUCCCGACACAAAUAGUCAAGAUGUAGACUUUCAGUUUUCGGGUGAAGGUCAUCGUUCCGGUGAUAUUGGGGUUGUUUUAAAAAUGCGGAACAGCUCUGGAGAGAGUCGAAUUGUGGAUGUGAACAUGUGCGCUGUGUCUUCAAUGUAUACUGGUGUCCCGCUAAAUCAGAUAAAAGAGUCAGUGGUAUCUACAGUUAUAGAACCACUUUCGGAAAGCCAAGUUGUGAUGUCCUUGAAAUGUUCCGAUUACAUCAACGGCGUGGAAGCUGAUGCGCAUGUCAGUGUUUACGUGCACGCUUCCGUCAAAGAGACCGGUCAAAAGUUUAUGCAGAGGCAGACAUUUUGGAUUGACAAACCUCAGCUGGAACUGCAGGCUCCGACAACGGCCCAGGUGGGAAAGAGCUUUGACCUUGUGGUAAAGUUUACCAAUCAUCUGUCAGUACCGGUAACGAAUGGACACCUAAAUGUGGACGGUCCUGGGAUCCAGAGACUCGCCUCCGUGAAAGUCAAAAAGUCAAUCGCACCGGGAGAGGAAAUCAAAGAAACGGUACAGUUGAAACCGAGACGCCUUGGCAGAAAGGAAAUAAUUGCUAACUUUUACUGUAAACAGAUUUCCGACAUUACGGGCAUUGUCGAUGUGGAUUUCGUGGCUGAGAGUAAAGUGUAAUGGGCUUGUCACCCACUUCCGGAAAUCCAUCGUUAUCAUCUGCGCAUGCGCGUUGAUGUUACUCUCCGCUGAUAAUCAGCAGUCGGGGAUGACAUAACGUUUUAUAGCCUUCUAACAGAGCCAGCGCUCAUUAACCUCUUAAUCUUUUGCGCAUGCUCUAUAUAAACUAACAAUUAUAGGCACCAGUUUAUAUGUAAAUUUCUCCCCAAAGCGAUCUGCAAGAAAGUCUAAUACUUGUUUACCUACGUUGUAAAGCCGCUGUAUUUCUAAAAAAGACUUUCAAAGUAAACAAUAAAAAUACUCGGUGCGUGCACAUACUUUAAAGGCAGACUGUUAGAUCACGGGGAUGGCUUGAUUUGUGUUGAGUUCCUACCAGUUCAUUACGUGUUACUGAUAUUGGCAGUUACAAGUGAGAUACUAAUUCAAGUCUGUUAUUUUUGUAUAAAUGACAUCGGCGAUAAAUAUUUUUGUGAGUCUAUACCCUCGUUGUAUGCCUGUAAUUUAUGGUUUUUCAUUUUCUGUCCUUGGCGAUGUGCGGUAUUUAUUUAGCAGCGAUAUACCAUUGUCUAAUUGAACUUGUAUUGGUCUUAAGAUAUAAAAUUUGAUGAAAGUAGAUUUGCUCAGUUAUACCAAGUGCUCAAUGUCCUUACGACAUUAAUAUAUCUUUACAGAUAUAGCUGUAAAAUGAAUAAAAGUUUUUGAUUCGCGGUAUUGAAACUAUAAUAAUUUAGUAUUGAUUUAGUAAUUUAUGUUGUUUAGGGAAAAAAUGUCCAAAUCGAUGCGGCAGAAGAUGAGUAAUUUAUCUUUUAAGGAUAUAUGUUACGAUUACGAUAUUCUGAGUGUUCCUAUGAGUCAUUUUGCGACUUUUACUUGUAAAAUUUUGCCUAAAAUCGGCCUGGGCUUAUGCUUCUAUCGAAGGCGACAAGAGUCUGUGUCAGUGUCUUCAUAUGAUAUAGUUGUGCAUAAAAUCUAUUUACAAAGAAUAGAACUCGUGUCUGCUUGUUUGAUUGACGUGUAUUAUAGCUAGCAACAUUAUA